AUGGCUUUGGUGAGACUACCAGUCGUCCUGGUCCUGCUGCUAAUUAUAUCAAUAAGCUUGGGAAUGGCAGCAGCAGAUUCAGCAAAAGAUAGAGACGAAUGUACGCAGCAGUUAGCAGGGAUGGCCACGUGUCUGCCUUACGUUGAAGGCCAAGCUAAGACCCCAACACCAGACUGUUGCAGUGGUCUCAAGGAAGUCCUCAACAGCAAUAAGAAGUGCCUUUGCGUUAUCAUUAAAGAUCGCAAUGAUCCAGAACUAGGUCUGCAAAUCAAUGUCACCCUUGCUUUGGGCCUGCCUUCCAUUUGCCAUGUCCCUGCUAAUAUCUCCAAGUGUCCCG